AUGCGGUGCGUGAAAGUGGCCAUAUUUGCGGUCGUCUGCCUGAUACUAUGUUGCCGAGUGCAAGGUGGGAAGGGAGCCCAUAUACUUGCCUGGGAUACAGCACGCCUCUCGCCUAUGACUACAGCGAUUUUACAUUUCAAUGCGGAAUUUUUCAGUAAAAAUACUGAUAUGCUGUCGGUUACAGUGCGAACAAGCGAUGUUGGAAUUUCGCAUUAUUUUAGCGAUUUAUUGACGUCGGUGCUGGCCUCGACAUCGGAGUUGGCGGUGGAAAUACAAGUGAUUGGGGAUAGAGGAAAGCCCCAGAAUUUCGAUUUCUACAAUGUACUAAUGAUCGAUUCCUAUAAAGCAUUGCUCCUCCUCGACCCCGGUUGGCACACACAGAAGAAUGAUUUCAGUGAAUAUUAUUUGAUCGUAUUGCAACCGAUUUCCAGUCGUUCGUAUUUACUAACGGAAUUGAAACAGAUUUUCGACUACUUCUGGCGUUAUUAUAUUAUAAAUGUUGGUGUGCUCGUGGAAGUGAAUUCCACCAAUAUUGAGCUCUAUACCUAUUUUCCAUUUUCACGUCAUCAUUGCAAAAGCGUUUUGCUGCAACAAUUAAAUCGUGACGAAUCGAUCGUCCAAUUAAGAUCUUCGGCACUGUUUCCUGAGAAAGCAGAAAACUUUUAUGGAUGCAAGUUGAUGGCGGUUUUGUGGGAUGUGCCCCCUUAUGUAGUGUUGCCUAAGGAUGGUGAUGCUGAGCUACAAUUUGGCGGCAUGGAGGGGAAAAUCUUGCACAUUUUGGCUGCUCAUUUAAACUUCUCUUUGGAUUACAUUGUACCGCCACAUAAUGAGCAGCGUGGAUUCGUGCUGGAAAACGGGACGCUGACGGGUGCUAUUAAAAUUUUGACUGAGAAGUCAGGCGACAUCAGUUUGGGCAGUUUUCGCCGCACGCUGGAUCGAUCACUUGUACUCAGCCAAUCGAUCAGCUUUCACCAGACCACACAAGUGCUGACUGUGCUCUCGAAGCACGAGCAUUGGCCUUCACAUCUAAUACUCACGUAUCCAUUCGACGUCUACGUUUGGUGCUCUUUAAUUCUCUUCUAUUUGCUGCCAAUAUUCUUGGCUUGCAUACUCGCUCGAUUACGCAUACAAGCCCUGCAUUUUGUGUACGGCUUUUCAAGUGUUAGACGUAUGGUUUUGGUUUGGACGAGUGCACUUCUACAACAAGUAGCAAUGCCUAUACCGUCUUUCAAUUUUGCGCGUUACAUAUUCGUUAUGUGGCUAAUGCUUACACUCAUUUUACGCUCAUCCUACGAGGCCCUGCUAUACGAUUUUUUCAAUACUCAAAAGACCAUUGCCCCACCGUCGACGCUGGAACAAAUGGUGGCACGCGGUUACAAGUUGGUGGUGACUCAGUCCACGGCACAAACUUUGUCCGAAGUCAAGGCUGUACGAAAUCAUGAAAUCGAGUUGUUGGUGCUUGAUUUAGAUGACACGGGUGUUUUUGAUGUACUGGAAGAAAAUCCGCAGCAAAAUUUAGCAACAGCCACACCAAAAGAUUUUGUGAACUAUUACAUAACUAAGAACGAGAAAUUUGGUCGUUUUCAUGUUUUGGCUGAUGACGUCUUCGUGCAGGCCAUUUCCAUUCAUUACACGAAACAUUCGUUUCUGUUGAGUUCGGUGAAUGGUGUAUUAAAUAAAUUGCGCGAUAGUGGAAUUAUCGAAUAUUGCCAUGCAAUGUUUGUGGAGCGCAAAGGCUUUCAGGAUGGUCCGGGCUAUGUUGAGAUUGCGGAAAAUCUCUCCGCUGCUAUUGUGGAAAUUGUUUGGACGAGCUUCAUAAAAUAUCGUCAUCGCCAUACAUUCAAUUUGUAUGCCUUUGCGCAGCGUCCAGAGCGACAAUUGCUUUUCGGCGACAUAAUGGAGAAGGUACUGAGCGCGCUUGGCAAAGAUACCACCGUACGUAUUGGCAUGGGUGAGCCGGUACCUGGUGAUGAUGAACGCCACUAUAAUGUGUUGCUUGUGGAUUCAGCUGCAUCGCUGAAUUCUACAUACGCCGAAUUUGCCAAGUAUCACUUACACGCCAAUGGCUACUUUCUUAUCGUCUUGCACACCUUCGACUCGGCUCACUAUUACGAUGUACUCUUCGAGAUAUUUGAACUCAAUUGGUAUCUGGGCAUAAUAGAUGCCAAUGUAUUGGUGUAUGCGCUCUCGAAUUUGUCAUUACUCUACAACAUUCAUCCCUUCAAUCGGUUUCAUUGCAAAGGUUUGGCGCCAACCAUACAGAAUCGCUUCACCAAUUCACGCUGGCGACAUACGAACUUCUUUCCCAAUAAACUGUUGGACUUACAUGGAUGUGCGCUGAUUUGUGCUACCUGGAAGGAAAUGCCUUACCUCAGUUCGGACGCUGGCUUACUAGGAGGUAUUGAAGGAAAGCUCAUCGAAUAUUUGGCCGUAACGAUGAAUUUCUCUUUGGAAUUUCGCUGGCUUGACAAGAAGGAUGCGUCGCGUACUUUGGACAAGGAGGGGAGUGUUUUCAGAGAGCUCUUUUCAAACGGAACCGAUUUCAUAGUUGGCGCAUUCCCCUACAAAUCAACUGCCAAAGGCGAUCCGUACACGCCUACUUUUCCCUAUUUCUUAAGUAGUUUUAACUUCAUUGUCAACUCGAAUUUGGCGCCUUAUUCGCCCUUUAAAAAGUUAUUUCUACCCUUUAAGAGUGACAUUUGGAUCCUCCUAUUAAUCAUCUACAUCGUUGGAUUUUUGCUCAAACGGACUGCCACUUUAUUGGGCAUAGCUACAAGACGCUUCAUAUUUGGCGCCAAAAACAACAGGCCCGCAUUUAAUAUGUUCAGCGUGUGCUUGGGUGUGGCACUGCCUCAACAACAAGUGCCAAGCCGAAAUUUUGCGCGCUACAUCCUAAUGCUUUGGCUCAUAUUGACGAUGCUGUUGUGCAGCUCUUACCAGGCUUUCCUGUUCAAUCUAAUCAAAUCCAACAUUGGACCACCACCGCCAAAUACCAUUGCCGAUUUGUUGCGUCAGAACUAUCAGCUGCUGAUGACCGAGGGUGUACUUGAUACCGUACAUGACUUGCCGGUGAUUUCCUCGCGUGCAAAAAUUUUGAAUAUGACGCGCUUCGAGAGUUUCCAGUUGGUCGGACAACCUCAACAACGUAUUGCUGUAUUGACCCCAUACGAAUAUUUCGAUUAUUUUAAGCGGUACCAUCUUAACAUCACCAAACACAUUCAUGUUGUGGAUGAAAGGGUAUUCACGCAACAGCUGAGCUUCUAUAUGGCGAGCAACUCAAUGCUUUUAAAUCGCUUCAAUCACAUCAUACUUCAGUACACUAAUGUGGGUUUGUGGGAGAAAUGGAGUAGAAUGUUGCUUGAUAUGCGAACGCCUUCGAGCAGCGAAUUCGAAGAACGAGUAACGGUGGUCACUUUGCAACAGUUGUAUGGGGCCUGGUAUGUGUGGUUAAUCGGAAAUGCGCUGGGUGUUUUCGUCCUACUCAUUGAAAUGGUUUGUAAAUGGUGGCAAAAUAGAGAAAUCAACAGAAUGUAA